AAUCCCAUCCGAUAGGUGAGAUCCGAAGAUGGUUAGUCACCCGCACGAGUGGAUGCUGUGGCUAGUGGCCCUCAGUGGCUGUCACCUGAUCAGCGCCCAGCAGCUGCAGGGGCCGCCGCCCCGUCCCCGGGGACGUAUACGCAUUUCGGAUAUGCAAGCACAGAUUCCUGGUCCAGACCCGAUUCUACGAAGUUGGGCCAACGUGGGCGCAGUGCCGGUCAGCUCCACGGUGCACACCCACAUUCCGCUGCUGCGAGAGGAGAGCGCCAGGCCAGCCACGCCCAGGCAGGAGUCGUCGGUGGUGUACGGCAACUGGAAGCCGGAGCAUCCGGAGAACCCCUACGAGGCGGACACGGAGCAACAGCCCAAGGAGCGGGUCUACGGGCGGUUGGAGGCCAUGCUGAUGGGAAUGCCAGCUGAAGGCAUUGAUGCGCAGCCAUCCAGAUCCAGCGAGGAACAGCAGGCUCCCAUCGCUCCUGGAGGCUAUCAGAGUCCAGGCUUUGCGCGUCCCGCCAGCUUUGAGCGAUCGCCGGAGAAGCACGGACGUCGGCGCAUAAGCUCCCAGCAGGCGCCGCACCAAUUCGAAGUGGUACAGUUGAAUGCCACCGAUCCUCUACUUAGGGCCAUGGCCAAGCAAAUCAAUGAAUCUGUGGAGACGACAACGGCGGCCCGUCGACCAUCUCAAUCCACCACGGACGACAGCUGGAUGCCUUUGCCGUAUCCCUAUCCCUAUGACACUACAGUGCCGGCUCCAUCUUCAACCAGCUCCUCGAGUUCAAGCCUGCCGCAGUCAUCCAUGGUGCACCCUCCGGCGCCCACGCAAGCCACGAGGUCAACAACGAUCUCGCUCAACUGGCCCACGGAUUUUAUCGACAGCUCCUCGAACACCGCGAGCACUGAACCCGAACGCGUGGAUAGGAAUCUCAGCAUGAACAUUGACAGGCGCGACGAUAGCGUUGGGGAUUCUGUGGAUGACUACAAGUACUACGAGGACUCGCUCAACUCCGCCCAGAUGCACAGCGAGCUGAGUGUGCCGGAGACGCUGGUGCCGCAGCGGCCGCUCAAUAUCACCCGCGUCGGGAUACCCUACGAGGAGCGGAACGCGGCCGAGGAGCCUACCAUAUGCGUGCCCCUAACCGUCACAGAGACAUCUCUGGCCUCGGACAGUGCCACGCCUCUGGUGUUGGAGGUUGAGCGUGUCUACUGCUUUCCCCUGCCUAAAGUGGAGGUCCGUCCGGGCAGCGUCAUACGCCAACAGGUGGAACAGAUCACAAGGUCGAGUCGGGGAGAAGUCCCCGAAAUGGACAUGGAACCAACGGAGCAGCCAAUGCCAACCGAGGUGACAGCCGGGGCCAGCCAGACAACCAGCACACUCGCUGCGACGCUAUUCCUCCUCAUCGGCUACUGUACCUGGCCAAGGAUUUUGAUUUAGA